ACAGUAUAUGUGUGCUUACAUUAGCCUUGUCGGCUUACGUGAUUGGUGGGGACACUUGAGAUACCGGUUUGACAGGCAGCAAGGUGUUUUUAAAAGUGCAGACUGUCGCGCCAGACACCAUUCUCAUUCUCACGCCUUGCUUGGAGCCGAACUGAGACAACACCGAACACAAGAACCAUGUCUGAACAAAAGUACAUGAUCAAGAACAAGGGCUGUGGCAUGGUGCUGGAUGUGACCAAGGGCGGUGACGUGGUUGGCUCAGACAUCGUGCUGUGGGAGCAACAUGGCGCCGACAAUCAGUGCUGGACUUACACUCACGACCAGAUUUGCACUAUGCUGAAGCCUUCAGGAAAGGACAUCGCCUUGUGUAUCAAGGACCGUGUCAAUGGGACUUUGACCAUGUCCGAAUGCAUUCACGACCCCGCCGAUGGCCGUAUCAAGGACCAGCAGUGGUCAGUGUUCGGUGCCGACGGUACCAUUGCCUGUAAGGACGAUACUGAUUGGGUUUUGGAUUGCGGAGGCCAGCAAAAGGAGGAGAAGAUAACGGUUACACGCCGUGCCAACCCUCCGACUAGCAGCCAGCAGUGGGAGUGGGUGCCCUGCUAGUAUGGAACCUGUGACGUCAGCAUCAAAGAUGGCGGCAAGAAAGCAUGCAAACGCAUUGUAACCGAAGUAGAUUUUGUAUUAAUCUCUUCUGAUUUCGGCACAACUUUCUAUCUCAUUUAUAAUGUAAUAUUACGCGAUUGUGACAUAAAGCUGAUUUCUAAAGUUCAUGCUAGCUCUGAGAUCUUGUCUCGCUUAUAACACAAUCGACCUGAAACGGAAGAACAAAAGAAAACACAUUGGAGAUGAACGGUAAAAUCAAGGAAAAUGGAUAGACGGUAUCACGUGACUUCCGUAACCCUUGACCUCCAGGUCACGUGACUAUGCAGAGCUAGAAAAAGAUGGCAGAUGGAAUAUUUUACGAAGCCGCUUUUUUAGUUUAAUUCAAAAGAUGUUCAAUAAACAAGAAGUGUUGUGUAAAACCAGCACUUGACUGACUAUGCAGAUAUUACUUUCAGUUAUCGCAAACUCUUGGUCGCUGCCCUCCCCCUUUUUGUGCAGGUGCUUUAUGGUCGCUUGGCUUUAGUCAAUAAAGAUGUAAACCUCACAUUCU